GUGACACUACCGACAUAGCCACGCUCAUGCUCAUGCUCAUGCUUACACCUCAACCUCCUGAUCGCAUACCACACAUCACCGGUGUGCAGUGGGCAGAGUGGGUCUCGUCGACACUGCCACCCUCCCACUCUCCCGCGCAGACACGAUGCUCAAACUGAAGAUUGGCGCCGGUACCAAGGGCGCACAGAACAACAACAACAACGCCUCCGCUGAUGGGCAGAGGACCCCACAGACUCCUGCAGCGAGCGCUCCCACUCCGGGCGGUGGCUUCAAGCUGAAGUUGAGUGUCUCCCAGCCGCCAACGCCUAGCCAGCCCGGCCCUUCGUCGACCUUUCCGCAACCUACCGCGACGACUGCCGAGAAGAAGAAGCGCACCUACACGAAAAAGAACCCCGACGCCAUUCCCAAGAGUAAGAAGCGCGCUCUCGAAGAUGAUGGCGCUGCACCGAACCCCAAGCGCAAGAUCUCUCUCAAGCUAGGCACUGCCUCUGGUGCUCCCGCGAGCGACGCAUCCAAAACUGGGCCCAAGCUAUCACUGAGCAAAAAGCAAUCGCGACCUCAGCCCAAGCUGCUCGACAUCCGGGCGCGCGGUAAAGUGCCGCCGCGGCCGAAAGGUGUUGGAUAUGAUUCCGAAGACUCGGAUACGGAGAAGGAUCCGGCGAUACAACAAGCACUCAUACUGCGCAUGGAGGCGGGACCCGAUGCCGACUACUUGCGAAGUGCCAUUACCGAGGGCAGGAUUGGACCACAUCCCAGUCAGGGAGACGCAGAGGUGUCGUUCAAAUUCAUUGAGCGGAAUUACAGACGCGCCAUGAUCAAAAUACAGGGCAGGUGCUAUGCUGCAGCGCUGGUAGACUUGCCUUGCGUGGUGGAGUCCAUGAAGAGCUUUGAUAAGAAGGGGUGGUGGAAAGUAGCCGAUAUUGCACAGAUGUUACUUGUGCUGGGACGAUGCGAGACGGAGGAGCAGGCAAAGAUGAUGCCUCUCCCGAGAGAGGUGAACAAGGAUACCUAUCAAUACGCACAUGGACUGACGCCGCCGAUGCAUUGGGUACGAAAGCGACGAUUCCGAAAAAGAUUGAAUUAUAACGAGGUUCUAAAUGUGGAGGAGGAGGUGAACCGAUUAUUACAGGCAGAUAAAGAGUGGGAAGAGCGCGGAGGAAAAGUCACGAGCGCGCGAGCGGGCGAUGCACAACAGCAUGAGCAGGGAAUGCAAGACUUGCCGGAGGAAGAUGACGAAGCAGAUGGUGAUGAGCAGGGGGCCGAUGGAAAUGGAUACCACUUCAAUCUCGGAGACGAAGACGCCGAAGGAGAAUUGGACGAUGCGGUGGAAACGGUCGAACACGACGAGGAAAUGGAAGAAGGAGAUCCCGACCUCGAAGCAGGGCUCCAAGCCAUGUUUGACGAAAACGAAGACGAAGGCGCAGGAGACAUGUCACAACUCGUCUCCGACUCUCCCGCUCCCAUUGUGGACCAAGCAGCUUCGAUGACUGGUGUGGAGCACGCACUGCAGCCGCAGCAGCAUCCACAACUACAACAACACCAUCCAUCCGACAUGGACGCCACCCCAGUCGGAACGCCGGCGGGAGAGAUGACGGAAGAGCACUCUGACGACGAAGGUGAAGAAGAAGAAGAUGAUGAUGAAGAAGACGAGGAAGACGAGUCCGAUGACGACGACGACGACGAUGCAGAUUCUCCCGAUGUGGUGGAUGAAGAUGCGGCAGCCAAAGCAGCAGAACGUGCGCAGCAGUUGGAGGAAGUGGCCGACUUGCAACGAGAGGUGGAGAAGGCUCGCAGCAAGGUGGCAAGUAUGACGAAUCAGCUGUUGGCGCAGCGGGAGAAGAAGAAGUUGUUGGCGUUGGAGGAAGAGCUGAAUAUGAAGAAGCAAGUCUUUGGAUUGGAUUUGGAGGAUUGAUUCCUCUCAGGCACCUGAGAUGCUUUACAACUUGGGGAACAGUACAGUAGAGUGAAGCAAACAACAAACCAUGAUUGGGUUGCAAGGAAUGGCCUUUUCUACCUCAUCAGGAUAAGGCACCCUAUCUUUACCCAGGGUAGUAUACCUGGAUAUGCUAGUAUCGGUAUAUACGCCUCAAA